CUUUGAUCAUUUCUUUUGUUCCAAUAGCUACUGCGCCUCGUGCUUCCGUAAGCUAAGACUCUAGAACUCAGAACCGAAACAGAGAUUUCCUCAGUCGAGGAAGAACGACACAAUGACCAAUAACAUGCUGCCACGCAGCCAUCUUGAGCGAAUUUGGGCGCCUGUACCUCACCUACGCAACGGAGAGAAGUACCGCACGUUGAAACCCGGCGGCUCACAAUUCAGACUCCACAGAGACCAACACCUGGAUUGGGAGAACUUCACCCAAGAGGUAAAGGUUCUGUCUAAUCCCUACUGUGGGAACCAUUAUCCCUUUAUGCCCGCUGUACCAAACGAGACCUUUGGUGUGGCAAUUGAGCUAGGGGUGCAGGGUCGUUUCGUCCAAAGCGCCCUGCACCCCGUGGGUGAAGCCAUGAAUCACAUGAACUUGGGUAUGUUCUUUGGUGACUCACAGUGGGGGGUUAACCGCCGGAAGAGUGACAAGAAAAAGAAGCACGGUCGUGAUGAGAGCGAAGAUGAGGUGGUCAAGAAAGGGGGGAAAAAGGGAACUUUGGUUCCAGACAUCGUCCCUCGUUGA